CCGCUGCCUGCCCGGCCCCUGCCGCCUCCCUGCCGGUGGCGCUGGGCCGAGACCCGGCCCCGCGGCCGGGCCGAAGGCGUUUGGGCCCGCAGCGCUGCGGGGCAGUGGCCAGGCCCGAGGGGCCUCUCUCGCCAUGGGCGCAGUGGCCUGAGACAUAUCCCUGGUGGAGCCCAUGGGCAGAGUCUGUGCGGGGGAGGGGCCCAGGGUUACAUAGUAUUGGUCUGGAAUCGGGAUGAAAGAGUUCUCCAAAUGGCUUCUUUUGGGUGGAAGAGAAAGAUUGGCGAGAAAGUUUCCAAAGCUACUUCACAGCAAUUUGAAGCAGAAGCGGCGGAUGACAAGGACCUGGCUGAUGAUGAUGAUGCAAACUGGGUGCAUGCAACUAAGCGAAGAAAGGAAAUUCUCUUAGAAGACUGUGUAAAGAAAAGCAAGGAGCUGAAGGAUGAAGGUGCAAGUUUGGCUGAAAAUAGGAGGUACCGAGAAGCUAUUCACAAGUGGGAUGAAGCACUUCAGUUAACUCCGGAGGAUGCUACCCUUUAUGAGAUGAAAUCACAGGUCUUGAUGUCCUUACAUGAAAUGUUCCCAGCAGUGCAUGCAGCAGAAAUGGCUGUCCAGAGAAACCCACGUUCCUGGGAUGCCUGGCAGACUUUGGGACGUGCCCAGCUUGGAUUGGGAGAGAUAGCACUGGCAAUCCGAAGUUUCCAGGUGUCCUUACACAUCUUUCCAAUGAACCCUGAAGUAUGGAAAGAGGACCUUUCCUGGGCAAGAAAACUGCAUGAACAGCAGAAGGCAACAAAGACUGAGGCAGUGCAAGCCCUGGUAAAUGAAAAAGAGCUCGCACAAGAAUUGAUCCCAGACUAUGACUUUGAAAGUGAUGAAAUUGUGGCAGUCUGUGCUGCCAUUGCAGAGAAGGAGAAGGCUCUUCCAGCAGCUAAAACAGUAGUGAUUGUGUCUGCCUCAGGCACGGUGGAGACUGUUACUGAGAAGGAGAAUUGUCCUACAACUCCUGAUGAAACCCUUUUCAUCAGAGCCCGGUAGGGCGGCCGUAGGGGUUG